AAUGCAUCUUGGGCAUCAAAAUCAGAGGACAUGACAAGUGUGGGAGGCUUCAUCUGCUGUGUUGGUGGAGGGCCAACAGCUUGGGAGAGCAAGAAGCAAGUGGACCAAGCAUUGAGCUCGGUUGAGUCCGAGUACAUGGCACUCUUCCGUGCCAUAAGAGAGGUUGUGUGGCAGCGGCGUUUGCUAGCUGAAUUGGGGGAGGAGCAGCAAGGACCUACCCCACUCUACUGUGAUAGCCAAGGCCUGAAAUCUUGAGCUAUUGGUCUUGGUUCUGCAAGAU